CUUACCUCUCUUUCAGUUGAUGUAGAUAUUGAACUUUUUCAAAAUCGUUGCUUAGCUCAUAUUAUUAAUCUGAUUGUUCAAAACGGUAUAAAAAAAAUUAAACACAUUAUUAAUAAAGUUCGAGAUUGCAUUAAAGCACUUCAUACCUCGCCAAAAUGCCGUCAAGCCUUUAUUGAUGCUUGUAAUUAUGAGGAUAUUGGUGUAAUGAUACCUCCACUUGAUUGUGUUACAAGAUGGAACUCCAUGUUUCUUAUGUUGGAUUCUGCAAUUAAAGUUAAAAAAGCAUUGUUAAGGCUUAAAAAUAGAGACUAUCUCUUUUCAGAUCUACCAUCUGAGGAUGAAUAG